UCGGAGAGCGACGCUCCUCCUUGAGGAAGUGACGCAUUCGGAACCUGGUGGGGGCGGUGGGAGCGAUGCGGACGCGGAGACGCUGAGACGCUGGGACGCUGUAGUAGUGCUGUGAAGAUGGAGUUUCCCGGAGGAAAUGACAAUUACCUGACGAUCACUGGGCCCUCGCACCCUUUCCUGUCAGGGGCUGAGACAUUCCAUACACCAAGCUUGGGCGAUGAGGAAUUUGAAAUCCCACCUAUCUCCUUGGACUCUGAUCCCUCACUGGCUGUCUCAGAUGUGGUUGGCCACUUUGAUGACCUGGCAGACCCAUCUUCUUCCCAGGAUGGCAGCUUUUCAGCUCAAUACGGGGUCCAGACAUUGGACAUGCCUGUGGGCAUGACCCAUGGCUUGAUGGAGCAGGGCGGGGGCCUCCUGAGUGGGGGCUUGACUAUGGACCUGGACCAUUCUAUAGGAACUCAGUAUAGUGCCAACCCACCUGUUACAAUUGAUGUACCAAUGACAGACAUGACAUCUGGCUUGAUGGGACACAGCCAGUUGACCACUAUUGAUCAAUCAGAACUGAGUUCUCAACUUGGUUUAAGUUUAGGAGGUGGCACCAUCUUGCCACCUGCCCAGUCACCUGAGGAUCGUCUUUCAACUACUCCUUCACCUACCAAUUCACUUCAUGAGGAUGGUGUUGAUGAUUUCCGGAGGCAACUUCCUGCCCAAAAGACAGUGGUAGUAGAAACAGGAAAAAAGCAAAAGGCUCCCAAGAAGAGAAAAAAGAAAGAUCCUAAUGAACCUCAGAAGCCAGUUUCUGCGUAUGCAUUAUUCUUUCGAGAUACGCAGGCUGCCAUCAAGGGACAGAACCCGAAUGCAACCUUUGGUGAGGUAUCGAAGAUUGUGGCUUCCAUGUGGGACAGUCUUGGAGAAGAGCAAAAACAGGUGUACAAGCGGAAAACUGAGGCUGCCAAGAAAGAGUAUCUCAAGGCACUAGCUGCUUAUAAAGACAACCAGGAGUGUCAGGCUACUGUGGAAACAGUCGAGUUAGAUCCUGUGCCACAGUCACAGACUCCUUCACCACCUCCUGUGACUACAGCUGACCCAGCAUCUCCAGCACCAGCCUCAACGGAGUCCCCUGCUUUGUCCCCUUGCAUUGUAGUUAAUUCCACACUUUCAUCUUACGUGGCAAACCAGGCGUCUUCUGGGCCUGGAGGUCAGCCCAAUAUUACCAAAUUGAUUAUUACCAAACAGAUGUUGCCUUCUUCUAUUACCAUGUCUCAAGGAGGAAUGGUUACUGUUAUCCCCGCCACAGUGGUUACCUCCCGGGGGCUCCAGCUAGGCCAAACAAGUACAGCUACUAUUCAGCCAAGCCAGCAGGCCCAGAUUGUCACUCGGUCAGUGUUGCAGGCAGCAGCUGCUGCUGCUGCUUCCAUGCAACUGCCUCCACCCCGACUACAGCCUCCUCCAUUGCAACAGAUGCCUCAGCCCCCAACUCAACAGCAAGUCACCAUCCUACAGCAGCCCCCUCCACUUCAGGCCAUGCAGCAGCCACCACCUCAGAAAGUCAGGAUCAACUUACAGCAGCAGCCACCACCUCUGCAGAGCAAGAUUGUGCCUCCACCCACUCUGAAAAUACAGACUACAGUGGUCCCUCCAACUGUAGAAAGCAGUCCUGAGCAGCCAAUGAACAGCAGCCCUGAGGCCCACACAGUAGAGGCAACCUCUCCUGAGACAAUUUGUGAAAUGAUCGCAGAUGUAGUUCCUGAGGUGGAGUCUCCUUCUCAGAUGGAUGUUGAAUUGGUGAGUGGAUCCCCUGUGACACUGUCACCUCAGCCUCGAUGUGUGAGGUCUGGUUGUGAGAACCCUCCUGUUAUCAGUAAGGACUGGGACAACGAGUACUGCAGCAAUGAGUGUGUGGUGAAGCACUGCAGGGAUGUAUUCUUGGCCUGGGUGGCCUCUAGAAAUCCAAACUCUGUGGUGUUUGUGAAGUAGCCUUCCUUCUCUCCAAGCCUUGAAGAUUCAUCUGCUGGACAUGAGUCCAAAAGCCUGUUUUUUAAACACAAGUUGGGCUUCUGGUAGUGCCUGACCUUUACCCAUAGUCCUUCAUGCCUCCAUCUCCCUUUUCUUUCUUCAGCAGAGGCCAGACUAUGUAGCAGGGCAAGCAAAUUUACUGUAAUUUAGAACUGCUUUUUACUCAACUGUAAGCAAAAUUACCAGCUUAAUAGCAAGCACAGGGAAGGGUGAUGGGAGCAAAUCAUAGGGGUUAGUAGGAGAAACGUGUUGGUAAAACUGCAAGAGGACUUGCCUAAAGUGUUAUUAGGAGAGUGCUUGGCUUUGUUCUAGGAGGAAACAGCACUGGUGUAAGAGAGGCUUAGGGUUACAGCUCAGUGGGAAAGUACAUUGGGUUUAAAAGUGAAAAAGCAACGAAAAUACUGAUUUAAAAUAAAAUGUGUGAUAACCCUCUAAAAGGGAACUAUUAUUAAUAUACACAGUGCUAUAAGGAUGAAGGUUUGAAGGCCUGGGGUUAUGGCUUAGCACUACAAAGCUCUGAGUUCAGACCCCAAGCUGGAAGAUCAGGAGUUCAAGGUCAUCCUUGGCCCACUAGUGAGUUUGAGAACAGUCUAAGAUACACGAGACAAAGGUUUUACAGAAUAUGGUGGCCUGUGCCUUUAAUCCUAGUACUUUGGAGGUAGACAUUUGAGUUAAAGGCCAAUCUGAACUUUGUCUCAAAAAACAGACUGGAUGUGGUGGCACUCCCCUUGAGAGGCAAGAGGCAGGUUGAAGUUAGCCAGGGUUACCUUGUGAGAUCCUAUCUUAAGGUUCUCCUCUCUGCCCCUGACAAAAACACACAAAUUCUCUGUUUCUGUCUCAGUCUCAGCACACUGGGCUAGAGGGAGAAUGACGUCAUCCAGAACUAUCUUUUUCUCUACAAGUAUUUCCUUACCUGACUUGGUUACCAGUUUUGCAUGUAAGAAGCAGAACUCUGUACCCCUAAUAAGAGGUUUUAAAGUAAAAAAUCUGUAUUUGAUGAAAAA